UCGCUACCGUUACGCGGUGAUCUUCAGUUUUGAGUCUGCAUUCGUGGUGAUCAUGUCCGUUGCGUACCGGAAGGUUCCUCCCGAGGGAGGUUGGGGUCUGCUGGUGGGGAUCGGGAUGGCCGCCAUGUUCACCGUUUCGCUGGGGUCGCUGCCGUCGUUUGGGUUGAUGUUUGGAGACUUUUUGACCGCACUUGGGGAGGAAACGGGUGCAAUCGCGCUGAUUACGAGUUGUUUCUUCAGUGCGUUGAGUUUCGCCGGGCUGUUUACGAACACGUUGAUGAAGAAGUACUCCUGCCGGACGGUGGGACUGCUGGGGGCGUUUUCGUACGUGAUUGGAAGCUUCUUGACGAUUUUCGUACGGUCCACCAAUGAGCUGUUGAUUUCGUUUAGCGUGUUUCAAGGAGCUGGCUUCGGGCUGAUGAUUCCGGUGUCGUACACGACGUUCAACGCCUACUUUGUGGAGAAGCGGGUGGUGAUGAUGAGCGUGUCGCAAACGUUGAUUGGCUUGGGUACCAUGUUCUAUCCGAUCUUUAUCCAGAAAACGAUGGAAGCGUACGGAUUCCGGGGUUGCAUGGCGGUGCUGGCGGCGGUAAACAGUCACACGCUGGUGGCCAUGAUGGUGAUGCAUCCGGUCGAGUGGCAUAUGCGGUUGGUCCCGGUUGAACCGGAAGAGCAGCAGAUGGCACCGGAGAAGAUUGUCCGCGAGAAGCCUGAUAGGUCCGACGAGAAUCUGUCACAUGUUUCCAAGGGUUUGGGUUCGAGACGGGCGUCUUCGAUUCCAGGACUAGGAAACUGGUCCGGACCGGUGGUGGUCAGUGACAGUACCGAGCGGGACAAGCAGCCCGCGACCAAGUGGCAGGUUCUCAUUGAUUUCCUGGAUCUUACCCUGCUGAAGGAUCCCAUCUACGUGAACAUCGUGCUUGGAAUUUCGUUCGCUCUGUACUCGGAUCUGGCGUUCUUCACGCUGCAGCCCAUGUACUUGUUCAUGAUUGGAUUUGGCAAACCGGACGUCUCGCUAAUCAUUGCCAUCGGCGCCGCGGCGGAUCUGCUCUCGCGAGUCUUUCUGGCCAUUUCGAGCACAUGCUUGAACAUUAAGGCCCGCUACGUCUAUCUGGCCGGGGCGCUCUUCACCAUCCUGGCACGUUUCGCAUUUUUAUUCGUUUACGAUUUUUACGGGAUGGCCAUCAUAACUGCCAUAAUGGGAUUUCUGCGAACCUGGAUCCACGUGCCGCUUCCGCUGGUGUUUUCCGAGUAUCUUUCGCAGGCGAGAUUUCCUUCCGGCUACGGGUUAUUUAUGUUCCUGCAGGGAAACAUCACCUUCGCCGUCGGACCGAUUGUGGGCUACAUCCGGGACGUGACCGGAAGCUACACGAUUUCGUUCCACUGUCUUACGCUGUUUAUGGCCAUGUGCGUGCUGCCGUGGCUGUUCGAGAUUGUCUACCUGCGGUUGAAGGCGCGGGCCACUGGGCGGGGGGAGCAGAACGUGGCGGCGGUGGCCAUUCCGGCCGUUAAGGUGGAGACGAUGACGCAGGAAGACGUUUGUAAAUAA